GUCCACCCCUUUGGGUGGAGUCUCGCUUUUUUUCUUUCCAGUGUUGGCUGACUUACAGAUCCGACAAAGUAGAGACAAUUUCUGAACCCCAGCAGGGCUGCCUCGCAGUUUCUGGCUCCCGAGAGCAUCUGCCCGGGGCUGCCAGGAAGGAGAUGCGUUCCUGAGCCCUGGAUCUCCCUGCCUCUGGAAAUAGUCCACCGCGACUGUCCGUUUGCUUUGGGCGGGAGCAUCGGCACGGCACGCCAUGGACCUCGCCGGGCUGCUCAAGUCUCAGUUCCUCUGCCACCUGGUCUUCUGCUACGUGUUCAUCGCCUCGGGCCUCAUCGUCAACGCCGUGCAGCUCUGCACGCUGGUCCUGUGGCCCGUCAACAAGCAGCUGUUCCGCAAGAUCAACAGCCGUCUGUGCUACUGCGUCUCCAGCCAGCUGGUGAUGUUGCUGGACUGGUGGUCGGGCACGGAGUGCACCAUCUACACGGACCCCAAGGCCUACCCCAACUACGGGAAGGAAAACGCCAUUGUGGUUCUGAACCACAAGUUCGAGAUCGACUUUCUCUGUGGCUGGAGCCUGGCGGAGCGCUUUGGGAUCCUUGGGACCUCCAAAGUCCUGGCUAAGAAAGAACUGGCUUACGUGCCCAUCAUCGGCUGGAUGUGGUAUUUUGUGGAAAUGAUCUUCUGCACGCGCAAGUGGGAGCAGGAUCGCCAGACGGUCGCCCAGAGCCUGCUGCACCUGCGCGAUUACCCCGAGAAGUAUCUCUUUCUGAUCCACUGCGAGGGCACGCGGUUCACAGAGAAGAAGCACCAGAUCAGCAUGCAGGUGGCCCACGCCAAGGGGCUGCCAAGCCUCAAGCACCACCUGCUGCCCCGCACCAAGGGCUUUGCUAUCACCGUGAGGUACCUGCGAGAUGUAGUCCCAGCCGUAUAUGACUGUACACUCAAUUUCAGAAACAAUGAAAAUCCAACACUGCUGGGGGUCCUCAACGGCAAGAAAUACCAUGCUGAUUUGUAUGUUCGGCGGAUCCCCAUGGAGGACAUCCCGGAGGAUGAGGAGCAGUGCUCGGCCUGGCUGCACAAUCUCUACCGGGAGAAGGACGCCUUCCAGGAAGAGUACUACAGGACAGGCCUCUUCCCAGACACCCCCUGCGUGACCCCUCGGCGGCCCUGGGCCGUGCUCAACUGGCUGUUCUGGGCCUCGCUGCUGCUCUACCCUUUCUUCCAGUUCCUCGUCAGCAUGGUCAGCAGCGGGUCUUCCGUGACGCUGGCUAGCUUGAUCCUCGUCUUCUGUAUGGCCUCCAUGGGAGUUCGAUGGAUGAUUGGCGUGACGGAAAUCGACAAGGGCUCUGCCUACGGCAACAUUGACAACAAACAGAAACACAGUGACUGACUCAGGGAUGUCACCUCCAAAGGGAACCUUGGGGAACUGGUGGCCUCUGCCCAGCCUUCUUAGUGGGACUCGGUGACGGAGGCCGGGAAGCCUCUGCUGGGACGAGCAGAGCCACAGCCUUUCCGGGCAGGGAGCCUGGUCUCAGAGCCGGAGGGGGAUCUCUUUCCCCCGUGUGAUUUAGUGGGUUUGGUUUUCAUUUUCUUUGUACGUGUUUGUGCGUGUGUGACAGGGAGUGGGCGAGAGGAUGGGUGUGCGGUUGAGUGUGUGCCUGGUUCUGUGACAGUUCAAGGCUAUGUGAGGCUGCAGGAAGGGCAGGGCUGGGCGGAGGGGAGGCGUCCCUGUCAUCCUUUGGUGCUGAGUCUUCUGUAACCUUUGAUUGCCAGAGACAAGAGUGAAAACUGCUUUUCGUAAGAUGACUAAAUUAUGCCUCCAAAAAAGAAAAAAAAAAAUUAAAGUGUUUGUUUGGGUCA